AUGAGAAUGACUCAGGUCACUAUGGGGAGUGUACCGCUUCAGACUCGGUCUAGUCAGCCGAUUCAUGUACUCGAGUAUUCUCAGGACGACCUGGAAAAGGGGGAUGAGGAUGAGGAGGAUGAGUUUAAUGAGGAUGAUCUGCAGGACAGUGUUAGGAUGGGUGCACAUCACAGAGAUACGCCUAUAUAUAAUCUUAGUAGUUACCCUCCUCCUCGGUACUCCAGUUGUCCCCGGCCUGGUCCUCGCGGUUUACCCUCUCCCCCUACCCCUAUCCCUUCUCCUAAGAGUGGCGGUAGCAGUCAGUUGAGAGUUUCUGAUGACAUUGAUCCGACUAUAUGGCUAGUGACAGAUGAAGUACCUGGUGGGCCGAUAGAUGGUAGCGUGAUUCCUAGCUUCCUUGGGCAUAUUGCUUAUCAUUUCUGGCAUGGAUACAAUAGACCCACAUUGAAGAUUUUUAAAGGCGAAAAGAUUCUGAAUAAGUUGAAGAUGUGGUAUAAAGAUAUGGAUGAUGAUGUCGAUGGAGAGUUGGUGUCAGGUACGUCCGACACAGAUUUUUUGAGGAGACAUGCAGCAGGGAUACUUGGCAUGGAUAUGAAUGAUUACAAAUGGAGUCAGGGCGGUGUCUCUGAUUCGUUCAUCCUUGAGCGAUGCGAGAAAGCGGACGAGAAUAUCCAGGUUAAGUGGGAGCCAUUUGGACCUGGCCAACAAGGAAUAGUUCCUAGGACUAUCUAUAGUGGGUGGAUAAUGUAUAGGAACAUGCAGGAGCCAUACAUGCCAGACAGAUGUAUACAUCAGAUUGGCUACGUACAGAGCAUUCCUCGUUCGCCCAUGUCCUCUGAUGAUGCAUUCCGAGGACCCAAGACUACCCAGUACUUUUUACAGCAUUCUGCUAUUGACACACUCAGUACUUGGAGGAGAUUCCCGGAGUCAGCGUGUCUUAAUUUGACCAGAUGGCGAUACAAUUAUAACAGUGACAUCGUAGGAGAGUGUGAGGAUGGGUACCUUGAAUGGUACAGGCAGUAUUCACAUCCAUUUUUGCUGCCGACAACUGACCCAUCUGCAGUCUCUACACCAGCUAAGAGCAGUCAGGAUUAUUGGAUGAAUGAAUUGAGGAAGCUGACCAGGGACCUGAUUAGAAAGGUCAAAGUGUCCGAUCGCAACCUGGCUGACGAAUAUGAUGAGAAGCUGCAGGAUACGAUGAUCCGUUAUCAUAAGGCCCCAUGA